AUGGCCCAGAAGUGCGUGCACCAGGGCUGCGGCAAGCAGUACACGGACCCGGACGAGGUCUGCAGGUACCAUCCGGGGCCGCCGGUCUUUCACGAAGGGCAAAAGGGCUGGACGUGCUGCAAGCCGCGGGUCCUGACGUUUGAGGAGUUUAUGGAGAUUACGCCCUGCACGGAGGGCAAGCACAGCACGACCGACCUGCCGCCCAAGGUCGAGAAGAAGGAGACGCCGGCCGACGUGCAAGCCGUUCCGGUGGCACCAACAACAGCCACUUCGUCCGCCGAGACGCUCGGCCCCGCCAUGCCGCGCACGCCCCUUGCCAUGCCGACCCGCGAAAAGCAGACCGACAGCUCUCCUUCCUCUUCCACACUGGCAGCAGCAGCCGGCGGGGCCGCCACACAGCCACCGCCGCCGCCGCCCGAGUCCGACGACGACGACACGUCCCUCGCGAUCCCCGACGGGCGCAUGUGCCGGCGGCGCGGGUGCGGCGUGGCGUACAAGGCAGGCACGAAGCGCGGCGGCAGCGAUGCAGACCCGGAGCGCUGCGUGCACCACCCGGGCGCGCCCAUCUUCCACGAGGGCAGCAAGGGCUACAGCUGCUGCAAGCGGCGCGUGCUCGAGUUUGACCAGUUUAUGAAGAUUGAGGGCUGCCAGACGAAGCCGCGGCACCUGUUUGUGGGCAGCGGCAAGAAGGACAGGAAGGCGGCGGGUGCCGGCGGCGAGGCAGGCAGCCACACGGCCGGCGGCGACGGCAGCGAAGAGCUGCUCGACAAUGUGCGGUUCGACUUUUACCAGUCGGCGACGUCGCUGACGGUGUCCUUCUUCCUCAAGAAGAUUGACAAGACGCGGGCCGUGGUCCGCUUUACGGAGCAGGGCAUCGCGCUGGAUCUGCCGACGACGGACGCGCCGGUGCCCAAGCGGUACAAGAAGCAGGUGUCGCUGUACGGGGCCAUUGACCCGGCCAAGUCCAAGUACAGCGUGCUGGGCACGAAGCUGGAGGUGGUGCUGGCCAAGGCGGUGGUGAGCUCGUGGCCUGUGCUGCGCAGCGACGACCGGCCGACGGGCGAGAUCUUCCAGGUCGCGCGGGCCGGCAAGGUGGAGCGGUAG